AUGGCCAUAGUUGCAUCACUACCAGGCUUCAACCUCUUCUCUUCGCUCCCUUCAAACCCACCCCCAAACGACCCAAAUUCCAGCACCACCUCUGCUUCUCCUUCCCCACCAAUCCCAAUUCCCAAAUACCCUCCUCCCCUCAAAAAGUCCCAGAAUGCCCCUCCCAACCCGGCCCUCAAAACCGUCCACCGCCGCACCAAGUACUACAAGCCCGUACGAGACGGCGUCAUCUCCUCCGACGGCGCCCGAGCCGUCGUCAUCGGCGAAAACGGCGUGUCAUAUCUCCUUCCCGGCGCACCCUUCGAGUUCCAGUACAGCUACUCCGAGACCCCAAAGGUCAAGCCUUUGGCCAUUCGCGAACCGGCCUUCUUGCCCUUCGCGCCGCCCACAAUGCCGAGACCGUGGACCGGUAAAGCUCCAUUGAAGAGCGCCAAGGAGAAGAAGCUGAAGCGCAAAGUUCCGCUCUUGGACUCGUUCGGUCCAAUGGCGCCUGGAACCAGUGGAGUGAAGGAGGUGGUAAUGGCGAGGCCCGUUGAGCUGGGCAAGUACCCGAAGCAAGAAAAGACGAGGGAGGAGAUUUUAGGAGAGCCCUUGAAGAAAUGGGAGAUCAAAAUGCUAAUCCAGCCCCAAUUAUCAGAUAAUCGCCAAGUCAAUCUCGGAAGAGAUGGGUUGACUCAUAACAUGUUGGAUUUGAUACAUUCGCAUUGGAAGCGGCGACCAGUCUGUAAAGUAAAAUGCAAAGGUGUUCCAACUGUGGAUAUGGAUAAUGUAUGCCGUCAUAUUGAGGAAAGAACUAAGGGGAAGAUCAUUCAUCGAGUUGGUGGUGUAGUUUAUCUUUUCCGUGGAAGAAACUAUAGCUAUAAAGACCGUCCUCAGUACCCAUUGAUGCUGUGGAAACCAGCUGCUCCAGUCUACCCCAAACUUAUCCAAGAGGCUCCAGAAGGGUUGACAAAGGAUCAAGCUGAUGAGUUUCGGAAGAAAGGGAAAAGACUUUUGCCAAUAUGUAAAUUAGCCAAAAAUGGAGUAUACAUCACCUUGGUGAGAGAUGUUAGGCAUGCUUUUGAAGGAAGUCCUUUAGUAAAAAUUGACUGCAGAGGGAUGCAUGCAAGUGAUUACAAAAAAUUGGGUGCUAAGCUUAAGGAAUUGGUUCCUUGUGUUCUACUUUCUUUUGAUGGUGAACAUAUAUUGAUGUGGAGGGGUCCAAAUUGGAUAUCAAUGCACCAAGCAGCACCUUCACCUUCAGAUACAGCUGAUUUUGAUAUUCUAUCAUCAACAGGGAGGGGCAAGGAUUAUGAUAAACCUUGUAAGCCUGAUACCAAAACAGUGAUGACAAGCCCCAAAAUGAUGUCGCUUUGGAAACGCUCAAUUGAUUCGAACAAAGCCCUGUUGCUGGAUGAACUUGACCUUGAUCCUGAUGCACUUUUGAAGAAAGUUGAGGAAUUUGAGGGUGUUUCACAGACGACAGAGCACUCGUAUCCAGCAUUGAUUGUGUCAAGUGAAGAUGGCACGAGCAGCUCAGUUCAAGUGUUUGAAGAGAUUCCCCAAAGUGACCCUUACAGUGAAUAUGACGAUUACAGCGACAAUUAUGAUUAUGAGAGUGAUGAUGAUGAUGCAUUUUAUGAUAGUGAUUCUAUCCCCUUGGGGUCGUUACCUGUUGAUGUAAUAGUAGAGGAACUGGAUCAUGAUUAAUUUCAAUAAAAUCUACAGGGCAGCCUCAUCUGGUUUAUAGUGUCAC